ACGACCUAUAUAGGCCUUCCUGCCCUCCCCCUCACUCCCGCCGCUGCCGCCGCCGCCGCCCUCGAACUCGAAGCCCGCCGCCUGCGCCUCACCCCCUCCGCGUCGCGUACCCUUGCCGCCGGUCUCCUACCUCCGCCACCAUGGGGAAGACACGAGGUAUGGGAGCUGGGCGCAAGCUCAAGACCCACCGCAGGAACCAGAGGUGGGCUGACAAGGCAUACAAGAAGAGCCACUUGGGUAAUGAAUGGAAGAAACCGUUUGCUGGAUCAUCUCAUGCCAAGGGCAUCGUUCUGGAGAAGAUUGGUAUUGAGGCCAAGCAACCGAACUCUGCCAUCCGUAAGUGUGCUCGUGUUCAGCUGGUGAAGAACGGGAAGAAGAUUGCUGCCUUUGUGCCGAAUGAUGGUUGCCUUAACUACAUUGAGGAGAAUGAUGAGGUGCUGAUUGCUGGAUUCGGUCGUAAGGGACAUGCCGUGGGAGAUAUUCCCGGUGUCAGGUUCAAGGUUGUGAAGGUUUCUGGUGUGUCCCUGCUCGCCCUCUUCAAGGAGAAGAAGGAGAAGCCAAGGUCAUAGAUUGCUUUUGGAUAGGCAAGAGUUGGGUAGACUGUCAAGGCUCUAUUAUCAAACUUAAUUGUGCUAGCAAGAGAGCUGUAUCUUUUGUUAACAUUGCCAUUGAGAGUUUUGUUUCCAUUUUGAAGAUAUUAAUGUUGCAUUGCUGCUUCAAGCUGGGGUUUCCACCCAGGUGGUUGUGACUUGCCUUCAGUUUGAGAAAUCUCUUGUUUGUUAGUC